AGUAGUGUUUUUUUUUUUUUCUUUUCUGGUUAAUUUCCGUUUUGUUUAUUUUGCGAUGUCUGGACGUGGUAAGCAGGGUGGUAAGGUACGGGCUAAAGCGAAGUCUCGCUCUUCGCGGGCCGGUCUCCAGUUUCCUGUGGGCCGAGUGCAUCGCCUGCUUCGUAAAGGCAACUAUGCUGAGCGGGUUGGGGCUGGCGCGCCGGUGUAUUUGGCAGCGGUGUUGGAGUACUUGACGGCCGAGAUACUGGAGUUGGCCGGUAAUGCGGCGCGCGACAACAAGAAGACUCGCAUCAUCCCGCGCCACCUGCAGCUGGCCAUCCGCAACGAUGAAGAGCUUAACAAACUGCUGGGCCGCGUGACCAUCGCUCAGGGUGGGGUCUUGCCGAACAUCCAGGCGGUGCUGUUGCCUAAGAAGACCGAGAGCCACCACAAGGCCAAGGGCAAGUGAUUUGACAGGGAUUUGAGUUUUCGGAUAGUGCUUUCAAACCCAAAGGCUCUUUUCAGAGCCCCCCACUGUCUCAAAGGAAGAGCUAACACCGCUUGGAAUAUUAAGGAAAAAGAAGGUUUCAAAAGCUUCUCACUACAAAGAGACGCCUAGAUCCAGAGUGUCUGUCAAAACUCAUCAAUUCUCAGAAAUAAAUGGAUUGGCAUCUGUGUUCUGACAUCAUUGAUUGAUUCCGCACCUGCAAAUUUUUUCCUAUUAAAAACGUACUCUGGGGCUUCCCUGGUGGCGCAGUGGUUGAGAGUCCGCCUGCCGAUGCGGGGGACACGGGUUCGUGCCCCGGUCCGAGAGGAUCCCACAUGCCGCGGAGCGGCUGGGCCCGUGAGCCAUGGCCGCUGAGCCUGCGCGUCCGGAGCCUGUGCUCCGCAACGGGGAGAGGCCACAACAGUGAGAGUCCCGCGUA